AUGUUUAUGCUCCGGAACGUGAGCAAAUAUCUCUUCGGAGACGCUUCGAAAGAGGCUAUAAUCGACAUCCCCCAAGGCCAGCUUUAUCUCGUCCGUCCCCUAUCGCCGAAGGGAUACUCUGAGUUGAUCUUCAAAGACGCGGCCGCCACCAUUCGUCGCACAGGACAAGAGUUCCAAUAUCAGCUCGUUGUUCAACGGGCCUACGAAGAAGGAGAGGAAGAACUUGCUGAAGAGGAAGACGAAGAAGGAGCCGCUGAUGCCCUAGAUAAGGACGAAAGAGUUUUUCUGCUCGACCAAGCUCUUCACUUUCGGUCAGUUGUACGAGACGGUGGUGAAAAGGUUCUUGCCUGGAGAGAUUUGAGUGGUGAUCCCGGUGAUCUAUACGAAUUUGUUUGCGACUCGUCUGUUUCGCCCGAUAAAGUCGCGACUUUUGAAUCUGCUGCGGUACAGUGUCAGUACGAAAGGAAAUACAGGAGAAGCUUCCAGCGAGCAACGGAAGAGGAGUUGCAAGAAUUUUCAUUCGAAGACGACAGUCCUAUUCCAUCGGCUAGUCCAAUUGAUUCACCUAGAGGCCCAAGCGCGGCGGAAUCUACGGCUGCUAUGGCGAAGGACGUGGAAUACGCGACAAAGAAGGGCAUAAUCAAGCCUGCUGAAGAGGUUACCGCAGCGCCACCUGCACGUAGCGUGCCAGAGGCCAGGGAAAUUCUGGCCAAAGAACGCGCAGAGCUGCAUUUGUUCGACUUCGCUUCUGGUACCUUUAUCUUGCAAGACAGUGAUGUCGUUGCAACAGUCUCUGAGAUUGGCAACUGGCAGUAUUGGCUUCAAAUCACAGGCACAGAGAAGGAAUGGCUUGGACAAUCUGUCGUUGGCGACAUCAACCCCGUGUUCAAUUUCGAGUAUCUUUCAUUCAUCUUUAACCAUUAUGCAGAUGAUGGCUCGGCAUACUCUUGGCUCCUGCGAUUCAAGGACCAGCCGACGGAAGAGAGGUUUCAGGAAGGUCUCAUGCAGGCACUGUGGGAGCAGUUGAACGAGAUCAAAUGGGAGAAGCAGAAGGCAGAUGACCGUGACUACGUUCUGGAUGCCUUCCAAGAUCUCACUAUGGAGGAUGCAGAACCUGAAAAGGAAGAAGCAGAGGAGCAAGAAGAGGAAGAGGAGGAUGAAGAAGAUGAAGGUCAACGAAGCGAGCAUUACGACACCGAUGAAGAAGAGGAUGAUGUUCUCACCGGACUCCGAGAUGAGAACGUCAACUCUCAGCUUGCCGUUGGUUACAAGCACGACCGGUCCUUUGUUGUCCGAGGCUCGAAGAUUGGUGUAUUCAAGCACACACCUAAUAAUAACCUCGAAUUCUCCACGAACAUCUCCAAAGUAGAGACACCCGGCGGCAAACUAUUCAGCCCUAAGAAAGUCAUGCUUCAUGCCGAAGAUUCGAAUAUGAUUUUGCAGGAUGGAGCGAAUCCUAAUGCUCUGUAUCGUAUGGAUCUUGAAUAUGGAAAGGUUGUUGAUGAGUGGAAGGUUCACGAUGACAUUGGCGUCACAACAUUCGCUCCAGAACAGAAGUUUUCUCAAAUGACGAGCGCGCAACCAUUUUUGGGUGUCUCCAACAAUGCUCUCUUCCGAGUUGACCCACGUCAAUCUGGUAACAAACUAGUUGAAGAAAACUUGAAGCAAUAUGCCAGCAAGAACGACUUUUCGGCUGUCGCGACAACAGAGAAAGGUUACAUUGCUGUAGCCUCCAACAAGGGUGAUGUCCGCUUGUUCGACCGUCUCGGAAUUAACGCUAAAACCCACAUCCCAGCUUUGGGUGAGCCCAUCAUUGGUCUUGAUGUUUCUGCAGAUGGUCGAUGGGUCCUGGCCACUUGCCGCACCUACUUGCUUCUUAUUGAUGCCAUGCAAAAGGACGGCAAGAAUGAAGGCAAGCUUGGUUUCGAAAAGUCCUUUGCUAAGGAUUCUAAGCCCCAGCCUCGCCGUCUAGGUCUGCAGCCAGCUCAUGUUGCUCAAUUCCAGCAUGAGACCAAGCAGCCAUUGGCAUUCACUCCUGCUCGUUUCAACACAGGUGUCGACAGUGAAGAGACAUCAAUUAUUACUGCCACUGGUCCGUUCAUCAUCACCUGGAACUUGAAGAAGGUUCUCGCUGGAAGGAAGGACCCAUACAGCAUCAAGCGAUACGGAGAGAACGUCAUGGCGGACAAUUUCCGUUUCGGCUCCGAUAAGAAUGUUAUUGUUGCUCUUCCGAAUGAGGUCAACAUGGUCCAGAAGAAGAGUUUCAAGAAGCCUACUCGUGAGAGCAUUGCAGGUCCUAUGACUCCCGUACGACGGAGCGCAGCUCACCGUUUGGGUCGGAACGAUAUUGUCAACUCUCCAUACUAG